AUGAAUUCUCUUAAACUUACCACUCUCCAUAACUUGGCGCUUCAUUGUGGUUAUCCGACACUGACCACCAAAGCUUCCCGCUUAGCCAUCGCAGAUGCGUAUCGGCCACUUUUAAACAUGUUUUCGUUCCCUUUGAAUGUCUUGUCGAUUGAUGUCGGCAUCAAAAACUUCUCCUACUGCAAGCUCCGGUACUCAGGCCGAAACCACAAAGUCACCAUUGCCGAUUGGAAUUACGUCAAUUUGCAUGACCGUUUUGGAGACGGCUAUUCGCCGAUAACAGCAGGUUCCGUUUCUGCAGUUGAUUCGAAAGCGUAUUUGGCCCAUCUUGCCCUUUCAGUGGUCGAUACCGUUCUUGCAUGUCCAAAAUGGACCCCAAACGUCAUCACAAUCGAGAACCAGCGAACGCGAUCCAACUCUAACUCAUCAACUUUGCCUAAUGUUUUACUUAAUUUCACUUUGGAGCAUAUGAUUUACGCUGCUUUUGCUGCUCGGAAAUCAGACUCGACGAGACUCUCUCAAACAGUGAUUAUGCCCAUGAACUCCAACAAGAUGGUAAACUUCUGGCUCACUCGCUUUCUAGCGAAAACAAAACUCACAGCCGCCCAAUCAAAGCUUCUCCGCACGAAUCUACUCUACGGCUGGCUCUCAAAUCCUGAGCUGGCUCCAUUCCCUUUGCCUAUAGGACUCGAGCAAAACUUUGGCUCUCUCUCGUCGCGGGCAAAGACGGCGGCUUUUCUUGAUCUCUUGUCGCUUGACUCUCGCCCGACAAAAGUGGACGAUUUGGUUGAUUGCAUUCUAUAUAACAUGGCGUUUGCAAAACAACUCGAGCACCAUUUGGAACUCGAGAAGGCUCGAGCGGAGCACAACGACAUUUCGGAGCUUACUGCUCGGUGGGACAAAGAACAUUGUGUCUAUUUGACUCCUCUUAUUGCCUCAGGAAAAAUGUCCCUCAACGAUGCCUACCGAACAUAA